UAAUUUGUUUUGUAUAUAUUAUACAGUAAUCACUGUUUCAUAAGUCAUAACAUUUAUCGCAUAAUGACUGCUCUAUUGACCCGAUUUGUGGCCACAACCCGACCAUCACUGGCCAGACAUAUGACUAUGCGAGUUGUAGCCAAUUGUGGCAAUGAUUACAACAAAUCAUUUGGUCGAUCAAUACAUUCUUCGUCUUCAGUGAACAAUACAAAAGCAAAAUACGGCGGAAGAUUUAUGGUUACUUUACUUCCCGGCGAUGGUAUUGGACCUGAAAUGAUGAAAUACGUGAAGAAAGUAUUUAAAGCGGGUGGUUUUCCCGUCGAUUUCGAAGAAGUAAAUCUCGACUCGACUCACGAGGACUUUGAGAACAUGUUUGAAGCCAUCACUUCCAUCAAACGUAACGGCGCUGCACUUAAAGGCAAUAUUGAGACGAGAGAGCACUCAAAGCACUUCUUGUCGCGUAAUGUUGAGCUCCGACUUCGGCUCAAUUUGUUUGCAAAUGUGAUUCACUGUGAGUCGCAAACAGGCAUUCAAACUCGUCAUAAAGAUAUCGACAUAUUUCUCAUCCGACAGAAUACUGAAGGAGAAUACAGCUGUUUAGAGCACGAGAGCGUUGAUGGAGUGGUUGAGAGUCUUAAGAUUAUAACCAGACAGAGGACAGAACAGAUCUCUAGAUAUGCCUUUGAAUUUGCGAAGAAAAAUAACAGAAAAAAGGUUACCUGUGUUCACAAAGCCAAUAUUAUGAAAUUGGCCGAUGGAUUGUUCCUCAAGAUCUGUACAGAUAUGGCUAAAGAAUAUCCAGAAAUUGAAUAUAAUAAUAUGAUUAUUGAUAAUUGUUCGAUGCAGCUCGUUUCAAAUCCAAAUCAAUUUGAUGUCUUACUAUUACCUAAUCUCUAUGGAAAUAUACUGACAAAUCUAGUUUGUGGACUCGUUGGCGGACCUGGUAUUACAUCGGGUCGUAAUUAUGGACAAACUUAUGCAGUAUUUGAAACUGGCACACGAAAUACAGGAAAAUCAGUUGCCGGUAAAAACAUUGCCAAUCCGUUAGCUAUGUUUAAUGCAAGUGCUGACCUACUCGAGUACUUAGAGCUACAUUCAUACGCACAGAUGUUACGUGAGGCCAUAGACAAGUGCAUCAAUGAGGCCAAAGUUCACACACCAGAUAUCAAUGGCAAUAAUACUACCAGUGAUGUCGUAGACUUCUUAUUAAAUGAAGUCAUUCAAAAAACAAAACACUAGUCAUUGAUGUCUUACUUUAGA